CGCGCCUCUCAGCCUGAGGGCAGCGGGGGCGUGUACGUCAGCGGAGGGAGCGUGCACGGGCGGGGGCGAGCCCAGAUUUCUCAUGCCGUUCUGUUUGGGCCCAUUAACUGACAGCAGCAAUGGGUGUAAAGGGCCUCCAGAGGUUUAUGGAUUGCGCCUGCCCACAAUCGAACAUGUGGGUAAAUUUGAAGGAGAUGGCAGAGCAGCAUUGCCGUUUGCACCCGGGGCAUUCUCCUGUUGUAGUGGUGGAUGCUAUGGGAUGUCUCCGGUUCUGGUACACGUCAGAGGCUUGGGUGCAUGGUGGGCAGUGGCGUGAGUAUUUGCAGAGCCUGGACACCUUUGUAGCUGCUUUUCGAUCCCAUAACAUUGAGUUGGUGUUUUUCUUUGAUGGGGUAAUAGAACAGAAGAAAAGGGACGAGUGGGUUAAGCGACGGCUGAGGAACAAUCAAGAAAUUGCAGAAAUAUUUCAGUAUAUAAAAGCAAAGGCAAGUCAGCCAGGAAGAGACAUGUUCUUUAUUCCCUCUGGGUUGGGCACGUUCACUCGCUUUGCCUUGAAGUCCAUGGGCUUAAACACCAUGUGCUCCCUGCAAGAAGCCGAUUAUGAAAUCGCCAGUUAUGCCCGGUUAAAUGAUUGUAUGGCAAUCCUGGGGCAGGACACGGAUUACCUCAUUUACGACACAGUGCCGUAUCUUUCAGUUAACAAGCUGUGUUUGAACAAACUGACAACUGUUAUGUACUCCCGAGAAAAUCUCUGCCACUCCCUCCACCUGCAGCUGGUGGACCUGCCACUUUUAGCCUGCCUUCUUGGCAAUGACGUGGUGCCAGAAAAUGUGGUAGGAGGAUUGAAGAGGUAUUGCUUGUCUAGAUACACUCCACAUAAUUCCAAGCCAACUAAGAGAAAGGAGGUGGUCGAGGCAGUCGCACAUUAUAUCUCCAGUGUGACCCGUUCAUAUGACAGUUUGAGAAAGAUAGAGAGAAGUCUGCAGUACACUUCAACUGAAAGCCUUCUGGAGCUGGGAAUGACAACUUACUUACUGCCCGGGCAGUCGUCACCCUGGCUUCUUCACAUUGCGCCAUCUCCAGUGACAAGCCAAUAUGAAAAUACCAUGUACACAGACCAGAGGAUUUUACAAUUUGCAAAGGAGCGGCACAUCAAAGCUGAAAGCUGCACAGUUUACAGUGUUCUGAACGUUCGGGAAGUGGAUUGCAGCAAUACUCUGGAGGACGAAUUGGAUACGGAACUUCCAGGACAGGCCAUUGUUUACCAACCAGCUCGACAGUGCAUUUAUGGUAUUAUUCUUUCAGCUGAAUCAAAAAGCCAACUUGAAACUGCCAAAGCAUGUCCUAUGGUAAAGGAGUGGUUUGUAUAUCCAGGCAACAUGCUGCAGCAGCCGAAUCUUGUGCCAGCGCUAGCACCUGAUAUACCAGGAGGAACUCCGGAUUUACAAACCUUGUGGCUGACAGAAGGGUCAGAGGUUAAGAAAUUACGUUACUGCACAUUUCUCGCAUGUUUUGGCUUACAGGAUUUUGCUGAGGAGUUACUUCCUCUUAAGCUUUCCACUGCUGCUGUUUGCUGCCUGCUGACCUAUGUUACACUGCAGGUAAACACGAUCAGUUGGGAGGACCUGGAUGCAUAUUUAUCUCAGGCUCUCAUUGUCCGGGACAAGACAGCUGAUCAGCUUGCUCAGAGAAAGGUGCCCCGUGUUGACUCUCGGGCUGUGCACCUGGCCUUCCUCUUUGUUCGAGGCCUGUCCAUACUUGUUUCAGUUAAUAGUGCUUGUGGCUUUCCAUUUCAAAUGGGCGACCUGAUGCCGUGGGAGGUGUUUGACGGAAAACUUUUCCACACAAAGUACCUGCAGUCGCACAGUGGAUGUAAAGCAGAGGACCUUCUAGAAAGGAAUGAUAUUCUGCUGCAGGAAUUCCAGAAGCUGAAGUCCCUCAUUAACAGUAUUUGUGUGAAAAAGAACAGGGACAUACAGAGCCGGCCCCGGCUGCACACAACAGAAAAUUGGGAAAGGCCCGGUACUUACAGUGGAGGAGGUCGAUAUCACGUGGCACAGCAGGAACAGCAGCUGCCUGCUUAUUGUCCAUACCGUGCCUAUCGCCCAGAUUAUCAGGCAAGGUAUUCAAAGUCUCCAACGCAAACAGGUGGAAGACCUCAAUCAAGCUCAGGACACCACAAUAGGAGGUCACAGCGCGGUCCACGGUGGUCUGGAUUUCAAGGUUCUCGUCCUGGCUUGUAUUAAUCAGAUUGUAGAAUUUUAAAACGUGGAAAAGGCCAUUUGAUGUGAAGGAAGAUGCAGCAUUGAUUUAUCUUGAAUCCGCAGGAAAAUUACUGGAAAGCUUCUUCGACUUAUUGAUGUAACAAUUGAAUUUUUGUACAGAUCCUUCAAAAUAUGAAAUAUGAUUUAUGGGACAUUGGGGAGGUCACUUUUGGAGUGCUUCUGGUUACCCUUCAUUCAGAAGGAUGUUAAACUUGGAAGGGUGUAGAGGCAAUUUUCAGGGAUGUUGCUGGGACUAAAGGGUUUAAAUUGUGGGGAGAGGCUUUUUUACGUGGAGUGUCGGGGGCUGAGGGGUUUGCCUUGUGGAGGUUUGUGGAAUCCUGGGAGCAUGGAUGCGGCGGGUGCUGGGGUCUUUUUUUCUCGGGUGGGGGAGUCCAAAACUGAAGGAUGUGGGUUUCAAGUGACAGAGAAAGAUUUAAAAACAACCUGAGGGGUAACUUUUUCACACGGGGUGGUGGGUGCAUAGAGCAGAAAACCAGGGGAUAUGGUGGAGUCGAGUGCAGUUGCAAUAUUCGGGAGGCAUCUGGACGGGUAAAUGGGUGGGAAGGGUUUAGAGGGAUAUGGGCUAAAUGUUGGCAAAUGGGGCUAGUUCAGAUCUGGAUGUCUGAUUGGUGCAGAUGAGUUACAACGAAGAGUCUGUUUUCAUGCUGUAUGACUAUGACCCUGUGAUUUGUAAAAAAAAAAUUGACGUGGGCUAUGCUGAUAUAUCCGUAAUUGAGUCAUACUAUCAGGAAGUUCCUGGCUUUGAUUCCUGAUUAGUGCUGAAUAAGCUGAUCCCAGAAAAAACGCUUCAACAAUCCUACAAUUACCAUGGGAUGACACGGUAGCUCAGCGGUUAUCACUGAUGCCUCACAUGCCAGGGACCCGGGUUUGAUUCCACCCUUGGGCGAUAAUGUGUGUGGAGUUUGCACGUUCUCCCCGUGGC